ACCCGAGCAGAGCGGAAAUCGUCCGUUAGCAUCCCGUAGCUAGGUCUACAGUGAGUGUGUGUGUCUGUGUGAGUGUGUAUGUGUGUGUCCCGGUGACAAAAUGUUACCUUUAUCCGUCAAAGACGACGAGUACAAACCCGCCAAGUUCAACCUGCUGCUGAAGCUCUCGGGAUGGUUCAGGUCGAUCCUCUCGGACAAAACGUCCCGGAAUCUGUUCUUCUUCCUCUGCCUCAACCUGUCCUUCGCCUUCGUGGAGCUUUCCUACGGCAUCUGGAGCAACAGUUUAGGUUUGAUCUCGGACUCCUUCCACAUGUUCUUUGACUGCACCGCUCUGCUGGCAGGUCUGGCAGCCUCCGUCAUCUCCAGGUGGAGAUCCAACGACAGCUUCUCCUACGGUUACGUCAGAGCGGAAGUUCUGGCUGGCUUUGUGAACGGACUCUUCCUCAUCUUUACAGCCUUCUUCAUUUUCUCUGAAGGAGUCGAGAGAGCUCUGGAACCCCCCGACGUUCACCACGACCGGCUGCUUCCUGUCUCGGUCGCCGGUUUACUCGUCAACCUGGUCGGGAUCUUUGUUUUCCAGCACGGCGGCCACGGACAUUCACACGGAGAAGAGGGUCACGGUCACAGCCACUCUCUGUUCAACGGCAGUGUGAAUCACGGACACAGUCACGGAGGACACGGGCCCGAGAGCAAACACGGGGGACACGGACACAGUCAUGACGGACACGAGGGACACGGACACAGUCAUGACGGACACGAGGGACACGGACACAGUCAUGACGGACACGAGGGACACGGUCACGAUGAGCCACAUUCUCACGACGAGCUGCGCACGCCGGGAAAAGGAGCCAGUAAACAGAUCCUGCAGGGCGUCCUGCUACACAUCAUCGCUGACACUCUGGGAAGCGUCGGCGUGAUCAUCUCUGCUCUACUGAUGCAGAAAUACGACCUGAUGAUCGCCGACCCCAUCUGCUCGAUGCUGAUCUCCCUCCUCAUCGGAGUCAGCGUGGUGCCGUUACUCAGAGAGUCCAUCGGGAUCCUGAUGCAGCGAACGCCUCCUUCACUGGACCAAGCCCUGCCCGAGUGUUACCAAAGGGUGCAGCAGCUGCAGGGCGUGUACAACCUGCAGGAUCCUCACUUUUGGACAUUGUGCACAGACGUUUACAUCGGAACAAUAAAGCUGCUGGUUGCCCCCGACGCCGACCGCCGCUGGAUCCUCAGCCAGACCCACAAUGUCUUCACACAGGCUGGAGUUCGACAGCUCUACGUUCAGAUCGACACGGCAGCCAUGUAGAAGCUCCUCCUCCUCCUCAAUACAGCUGGGACCAAUCAGGUUCAGUCUGCUGCAGGUAACCUCUGACCCUCAGAGUCACUGCUGGACACACGGAGACCAGCAGGUGGGCACGAUGAGAACUGGACACCCUUUCCCUCCCCCUUUUUUGAAAA